AUGGAUCCACAGCUGCUAAUGCCGUCGCCGCCGAUGGACUUCGACUUUGACAGCACCACCACUUCUCCCUACGCCACCGCACCUUCAAGCCCUAGGAUGUUCUCCGGCAACUUCUUCUACAGUGCUCCCACUAGCCCCACCCGCUCCUCUUUCUUCCAUCACCUUUCUCCGAUCAGCCCCCAUGAUGCCCAAUCCACAGUCCCUUCCCAAAAUCUCCACAGAAAUAAGGAUGAAGAUGAAGAAAAUGAUAUUGAUAUGGAUUUUGCUUUUGAUUUUAGUGGGCAGUUAGAACGGCCUUCUAUCUCCGACGCCGAUGAGCUAUUUCACGGUGGAAAGAUCAAGCCGUUAGACCCACCACCACCACCACGUCUUCGAUCAUCCAAUGAUCCACCCAGAUCGCCGACAUUAUCUCCAAGGAAUUCUAACAAGAAAUAUGUCGAUCAUUUCUCGGAGACAUUACAUCAGACACCUAUCGAUCAAACCCAAAACCCAUCUCCACGUGGAAGAGAAAGAACAACCACCACCACCACCACCAAACACAAAGCAUCACGAUCUUUAUCGCCGUUCAGAGUUUCCGAUAUAUUACCCGACGACGGAAACAACCAGAAAGUCUCAACAAAUCAAUCAUUCCCAUUUGGGUUCACGUGGUACAACAAAUGGAACCUGAAAAACCUGUUACUCUUCCGGAGCACGUCGGAGGGGAGCGCCACCACGAGCAACGACCCAUUGAAAAAAUACGCGAUGAUAACAAAAGGAGAGCAGGAUGUGAAGAACUCAAGCUUUAGAAGCAAUGAUGGCGAUGGUUCUGUAGGGGGGUCUUCACGGAGGAUGAAGAGGAAGGUAUCUGCACAUGAAAUACAUUACACGGCGAACAGGGCGGUGGCGGAGGAGAUGAGAAGGAAGACAUUCUUGCCGUACAAAUCAGGGUUACUGGGUUGCUUAGGGUUUCAUCAUAAUCUUCAUGAAGUUUCUCGAGGAAGAUGAUAAAUUGUUGGUAUAAAUUCAUUAUUUUGAUUUUCGUCGU